UACCAGUUCCUUGGAGUGGUCGGCCGUGGGCAAUUCGGCCAGGUAUACUGCAUCCGGACCUUCAAGCAGAGCCAAAAGUUUGCUUGCAAGACGCUAGGCAAGAAGAAGCUGCUGUCCCAGCUGGACGCGGACGACAUUAAGCGCGAGAUCGAGGUGAUGCACCACCUUUCGGGACACAACCUGGUGGUCAGCCUGCACCAGGUAUUCGAAGACGAGAAGAACGUGCACCUGGUCAUGGACCUGUGCCAGGGCGACCUCUACGAGCUGCUGCGCGAGUGCAAGUACCUGCCCGAGGAGAAAGCCGCGCCGCUCAUGAUGCUUGCCAUCCGGGCCGUGCAAUACUGUCACGCCAUGGGCGUGGUGCACCGUGACAUCAAGCCCGAGAACUUCCUUCUGGCCACACGCAACGACCUCAGCCACAUCAAGCUCACCGAUUUUGGGCUGUCCACCUUCUAUCAAGAAGGCCAGAUAUUUAAUGAGCUGCUUGGGAGUCCCUACUACAUAGCGCCUGAGGUAAUUCGACAAAAGUACGGCAAGGAAGCCGAUGUGUGGUCAUGCGGCGUGAUGCUGUACAUCAUCCUAUGCGGUGAGGCGCCCUUCUUCGGCGAGGGUGAUGAGGGCAUCUUCAAGUCCAUCAUGAAGGCCAAAUUGGAUUUUAGCUUCGAGCCCUGGCCCAGUCUGUCGCGAGACGUCAAGAUGCUCCUACGCCGCAUGCUCGUCAAGGACCCACGAGAGCGCGCCACACUGGAGGAAGUCCUGGCACACCCCUGCAGCGGCAGCGGCAACGAGCAUCCACUUUUCAGCCGCAUCAAGCGCUACUCAGUUGCCAGUCGCACAAAGAAGGCGGCGCUGCGUUAUAUCGUGGCCAGCCUGCCGGAUGAGGUGACGGCGGGGCUGUACAACCUGUUCCAGGACUUUGACCUGGACCACAACCAUGUGAUCGAUUCGCGUGAGUUGAAGGAGGGUUUUAAGCGGCGCGGCGUGGUGCUGCUGGACGAGGAAGCCACCGCACUUGUCAACUCGGCCGACCUGGACGGAGACGGAGUACUCAACCUGGUGGAGUGGCUCGGCGCCACCAUUCACAUACCUGAGGAGCAGGUGAGCUCGCUGGUUUUGGAGGCGUUUGCAUUCAUGGACACGGACCGCAACGGCUACUUGACAUGUGGGGAGCUGGUAAGCUACCUGGGGGAGAGCCACAAGGAGCUGGCGGAGCUGAUCAUUGCGGAGGCAGACACCGACCUGGACGGCCGCAUCAGCGGCGAGGAGUUCAAGGCAGCAUACGCCAUGACCAUGGACCGGUCGCGCGCUACAUCCAGGCCCAACACGGCCACGGGGUCAUGGGGCGCGGGCAAUGGCCGGGCUUCCAGCGGCACGGCCGCUGCUGCAGGGCGCCCAGUUGGAAAAGGUGGCAGCGGCAGCGUCGAAGGCGGAACGACUGGUAUGGCUGUGGGGGAGGCCGGCGGGCAGAGGUUAAAUGGUGUAGCUGUUGACGGCGGGCAGGACCCCAACGGUACGGUGGUGCGGAUGACGAGCGUCACGUCAGUGGUGAGCAUGGGCGAUGAGCUGGCUCAGAACAGCGGCAUAGUCAGGUCAGAAUCGCAGAUGGAUGAUUAG